ACCUGACACAUUGAUCACUCAUCGAUCAGUUCUUUUUACUAAUACGCCAAUAUCACAUUGAUAAGACAUCGUUAUGGAGAAUGUCUUAUUAUUGUAAUUAAAAUUGUGAACAAAGCGUCUACGAGACCCAGAGACGCACCACGUGCAUUUGUUGACCCUAGUUAUGAUAGCGAUAGGGCGUUCACACGGAAAGUCUUUAAUACGUUGUGCUGCUAUAAAUAUAAGACCAAAGGCUAUUGAUAUAUCUCCUUUAUUUGUGUCGACGUCUAUCAAGUGCUUUAUCAGGAUGGAUGAAGAUAGCAUACCACGUUUUGUCAAAGAAGAGGAAGUGGCAAGGUGUAAAUGGCUGGCUCUGAACAAAAUCACUUACAUUGACCCGCGAGGGAAAGAAAGGUUGUGGGAGGCAGCCAAAAGAACUACGACUUGUGACACAGGCUGUGAUGCGGUGUGUGUGAUAGCUGUCCUCAAACGCCUACUCAAGUUUGAUAGUUUGGUCCUAGUGAAACAGUACCGGCCUCCUAUGAGGGCUUACACACUAGAAAUGCCAGCAGGUCUGAUGGAUAAGAAAGAGACACCAGAGCAAACUGCUGUUCGGGAGCUGAAGGAGGAGACAGGCUACACAGCUACACCAAAACAUAUAUCCCCUAUCACCUGUAUGGAUGCUGGGACUGAAAAUGUUACCCUCCAGAUGGUCACAGCAGAGAUUGAUGGGGAUACAGAUGACAAUAAGAAUCCAAAGCCUAACCCAGAAGAAUCUGAAUGUAUUGAAGUGGUUCACGUCCCCAUGAAUGACUUGAUUGGAAAACUGAAUGAAUUUGCAAAAUCAGGAGUUGUUGUGGACUCAAGACUAUACUCAUAUGCCAUAGGCCUGGAGAUGACCAAAGACAACACGCAAUCUCCAUCUGUACAUACAUAGUUAUGAUUACAGACUGAAGCCUUCACAAGGCUACACUAGGUUACCGUGUAUAGUGAUUUCACUUACUGGUUUGUAUGUGUAGGAUAUAAGCUCAAGUUAGAUAUCAAUAAGAUGUGUUUACUCAAGCCUUCUUUAUAAUGAUUGGUUAAAGAUAACCAGUCUAUUUAUGUUAUAGGCCGAGUGUCUUUUCAGGAAGUCAAGUGUGGUCUCAAAAACAAGCAUUGAUUUACUGCAGUUGGAAAUACCUUCAAAAUAAUUAAAGGUAGUUAAGGUAUGGAUGGUAUACUUGGAGAUAAAUAAAGGCUACAGUAGAUCUUGA